CACCCAUAUAUAUAACUAAACAAAGAAAAAAGAAAACGAAUAUAGAAGUUGAUUCACAAAUCACACGUAGUGGCACGUUGCUUUUUGUGCCACUUGACGAUCUCCGUCGUCGACAUGAACCACUCCUCUCCGGCUACCGGAAUUUCAUCACGAUCAUCAUCUCUAGGAUCCCAUUUUUGUCCAUCUAAAACAUCUCAGUUUUCGGUUGGUAGUCUAAAGCUUUGCGGGUUCGGGUUCGAGUUGAAGAGAAAGGACUUGUUGAAGAGACGGCUUAAGUUCGUAGUCAGUGCGGAGCUCUCGAAGCCAUUCUCCCUCAGCUUCGGGUUGGACUCUCAGACCUUUCGGUCUCAUGACCCAUCACAGGCGCCUUGGAUUGGUCCAGUUCCUGGGGAUAUUGCAGAGGUUGAGGCAUAUUGUAGAAUCUUCAGAACCACUGAAUGGCUUCAUGCUGCGCUAAUGGAUACAUUGUGCAAUCCAUUGACUGGCGAAUGUAGCAUUUCAUAUGAUUUCACUCCAGAGGAGAAACCACUAUUGGAAGAUAAAAUAGUCUCUGUGCUUGGUUGCAUGGUGUCCCUUCUUAACAAAGGGAGAGAGGACGUCCUUUCUGGAAGAUCCCCGAUUCAAAAUUCCUUUCGGGUUGGAGAUGUAAGCUCAGUUGAAGAUAAACUUCCUCCACUUGCCAUUUUCAGGAGUGAGAUGAAAAGGUGUUGUGAGAGCUUGCAUAUUGCUCUUGAAAACUAUCUGAUGCCUGACGAUGAUCGAAGCUUGGAUGUAUGGAGGAAACUUCAGAGACUGAAGAACGUCUGCUAUGAUUCUGGUUUUCCUCGGGGGGAGAAUUAUCCAUGCCAUACGCAGUUUGCAAAUUGGAAUCCUAUUUAUUUUUCGACUUCUAAAGAAGACAUAUGGUCCAAAGAUUCCGAGGUAGCUUUUUGGAUGGGUGGUCAGGUAACAGAAGAAGGCCUGAAGUGGUUAGUGAAGAAAGGAUACAAAACAAUUGUAGACCUUAGAGCAGAGACUGUAACGGACAACUUCUAUCAAGCAGCCUUAGAUGAUGCUGUUCUAUCUGGGAAAAUUGAACUGGUCAAAAUUCCUGUUGAAGUUGGGACCGCACCUUCAAUGGAGCAGGUCGAGAAGUUUGCAUCUUUAGUUUCAGAUUACAGCAAAAAGCCCAUAUAUCUUCACAGUAAGGAAGGAGUAAAGAGAACUUUGGCCAUGGUCUCCAGAUGGAGGCAGUACAUGUCUCGCUGUUCACAGCAGUUUGUCUCUGGUCAACACGUAGCUUCCAAUGGUUUUUUAUUACAAGAUGCUGAUGGAAUGAGAAAAAUGCAGGAGUCUUGCAUUGUUGAAGAAAGCUCUCUGCUGGGAAAGGAGAGUGGGUUGAUGCAGGAGUCUUUGGGUUCAAAUGGUGUACCCUAUGAAAAAGUCUCUCCAUACAAGGGUAAGAAGCAUCAAAGCAGUAAUGGGGCCCUCAGCAGCCUUGUUUCUGUCCAAGGUAUGCCAUCAGAAUUAGCUGAUAAUGGAGUAGGAUCCCCAGCAAACUUCACCAUAGAUAUUGACCCUCUGAAGGUUCAGGCUCCUACAUGCAAUGUUUUCUCCAAAAAAGAAAUGUCUAGGUUUUUUAGGAGUAGAAAGAUCUCACCUUCUACUUAUAAAAAUGACCAAUUGAAAGGAUUCCAAAUAUUACCAAUUUCUAGAGAUGCGCAUAAUGGAACAAUGUGGAAAGGUGAUAUUGUUCGUACUGACACUAUGUCCCAGCCUCUGGAGUCGGGAGGUCCCAAUGGGUCACUCAAUGGAAAGACUCUUUCUCCAGAGACCCAGAAAUCACCUGCUGAUGAUGAGAAGAAUUUGAUUGGUGAUAUUCUGGUCUCUGUUGGUCCAGUUGUGAAUGGACUGGACCAAGUGGAUAGGCCUUUUGUGAUGACAGAAACUAAUAUCUCUACCGUUGUGAAUACUAACUUUGAUGAGACUGUGAGAUCCCAAUCAAUACUAAAGGAUCGGAAGAGUAAUAGCGGGGCUGCCUUAAUUUCAGCCAAUGAUGAUCUGGGGCCAAUUGAAGGUAAUAUGUGUGCUUCUACAACUGGUGUUGUAAGGGUCCAAUCAAGAAAGAAAGCAGAGAUGUUUUUAGUUCGGACAGAUGGACACUCUUGUGCCAGAGAAAAGGUGACAGAAUCGUCUUUGGCCUUCACUCAUCCUAGUACCCAGCAGCAGAUGCUUAUGUGGAAAUCAACACCAAAGACUGUAUUGCUGUUAAAGAAACUAGGGCAAGAGCUCAUGGAAGAAGCAAAAGAGGUUGCCACUUUCUUGUAUUACCAAGAGAAAAUGAACGUUCUUGUGGAACCUGAUGUGCAUGAUAUAUUUGCUAGAAUCCCAGGGUUUGGAUUUGUUCAGACCUUUUAUAGUCAAGACACCAGUGAUCUGCAUGAGAGGGUUGACUUUGUGGCAUGCUUGGGUGGUGAUGGGGUUAUACUCCAUGCAUCAAAUUUAUUUAGAGGUGCUGUGCCUCCUGUUGUCUCAUUUAAUCUUGGAUCUCUUGGAUUUCUGACUUCCCAUGGUUUUGAAGAUUAUAAGCAAGACUUAAGACAGGUCAUCCAUGGAAACAAUACUCUGGAUGGUGUCUAUAUAACUCUCAGAAUGCGUCUUCGAUGUGAAAUUUUUCGAAAUGGUAAAGCGGUGCCUGGGAAAGUAUUCGAUGUUCUAAAUGAAGUUGUUGUUGAUCGGGGUUCUAAUCCAUAUCUUUCUAAAAUUGAAUGCUAUGAACAUGACCGACUCAUAACCAAGGUACAAGGUGACGGAGUCAUUGUAGCCACCCCUACAGGAAGUACUGCUUACUCUACAGCUGCAGGAGGUUCCAUGGUGCAUCCAAAUGUUCCUUGCAUGCUCUUCACACCAAUAUGCCCACACUCCCUCUCAUUUAGACCAGUUAUACUUCCAGAUUCUGCAAGGCUGGAAUUGAAGAUCUGGGGAUUCAAUCUUGGAGCUGCCCUUUCCGAUGCCCAUAUUCCAGAGGAUGCUAGAAGCAAUGCAUGGGUUUCUUUCGAUGGGAAGAGAAGGCAGCAACUCUCAAGAGGAGAUUCUGUACGAAUACAUAUGAGUCAACACCCACUUCCGACAGUCAACAAGUCUGACCAGACAUGUGAUUGGUUUCACAGCUUGAUUCGCUGUCUAAAUUGGAAUGAGAGGCUUGAUCAAAAGGCCCUUUGAAGAAACCUAAUCUCUUGCCAUACCAGAGUACUGAGGUUCUUGUAAACAUACUGUACAUAUUAUAAGUUGAGAUUAAAGAAAGAGAAUUUGACUUUACAAAUAGUAAAUACGAUCCAUUCCCACAUUGGCUCCCACAUGAAGGUAGGGUUUGCCACUUACCUCAGUUUUCCUCUUUCCAGUAUGACAAAAUGUAAUUCAUGUUAACUGCCAUGAUCUGUUACACAGCAAUAAAGAUCUAAUUUUU